AUGUGGGCCCCAGCCCCUGAGGCCUGGCUGGGAAAUGAUGCCUUUCCCGCGGCUGUAGGAGUGCUGUGGGCAGCUAUGGCCCUGGAGGGGCGCUAUCUCCGGAGGGGAUCCCCGGCCAUGAUCAGAAAGGGCCAUCAGCGGCGUCGCACAAAGCCAACUCUGGCUCAGGUCACUUCCACUCUGCUGUCAAGGACACGCCUACACGGCCUGCGGCAUGUUUGCGUCCCCGGCGGCUCGGUCGGCCGCAGGGCCUUCUGGCUGCUGGCCCUCUGCACCUCCCUGGGGUUGCUUUUAUCCUGGUCCUCCAACCGCCUCCUGCACUGGCUUUCCUUCCCGACAUACACACGGGUCCACACUGAGUGGGCCAAAGAACUGGCCUUCCCUGCAGUCACUAUCUGCAACAACAACCCUAUCCGCCUCUACAAACUCACCAAGAGCGACCUGUACUUCGCCGGCCACUGGCUCGGCCUGCUGCUGGCUAACCGGACAGUGAGGCCCAUGAUUCUGGACUUGCUUCAGGAGGACCGUCGGGCCUGGUUCAGGAAGCUGUCCGACUUCAGGCUCUUCCUGCCACCCAGAAACUUUGAGGGAACCAACCUGGAGUUUAUGGACAGACUGAGCCACCAGCUGGAUGACAUGCUCCUCUCGUGCAAAUACAGAGGGGAGCCCUGUGGCGCUCACAACUUCUCCUCA